UGUGUCAUAUACGUCUUCUAUAAAUUGUAAAUAAUUUUUGUCUAUAGUGCGUGCCUCUGAUACAUGACGCUGGCAUAAAUGGUCGUAAAAAUAACGACCGCUUGCCAUAAAAGGAAAGAAGAAGAAGUAGUGUUAAAGUUUUCGUGUCGUGUCAUGUACCUACUUACCCGAUCCUUUCCAGUAUUUAAUACCCGUAUCUGCUUCCGUCUCCACCGCUUACAAUAUUUGCUGCUUCCCCUGCCUCUCGCGCUGCCGGAAAUAUUGCCGGGCGACAACUGAGCGAGAGGGCUGAAUGCAAACACACGCUGCCAGUCCUUUGACUCGCGCACGAAAAACCGACAAUCGAGGGAGCGCCGGGCAGCGCCAUGGGAAGUAUCGUGUUUACACACUCGCAUUGCUUACUUCCCUACCCACUCGGGCUGAGUGUAAAUUGAGCUUUAAGUUUUGUGCAUUCCUCGUUUUUAGAUCUUUAUAUAUUAUUGGCUUCCUGAUAUUAGACUUUUGGCACAAGUGCUAUUAACUCACUCACUCAGUACCAAAAAUUAGUAAUGACUUACUCCUUUACUUUUGUGGUUUCUGUACAACUAGUAAUUAUAUUAUAGUAUUAAGUCACAAACCAACAUGUUUUCCUUUCACACAGCGAAAUAUUUUACAUAAAUAUUUACUUAGGUGUAUGUUUCAUGAAAUAUCGUCACAAUACAUAGAAUGAAAGUCAUUUCUUUUAUAAAAAAUGCAGUUAGUUUUUUUAGUGAGAUCAUAUGUAAAAAAAAAAUAUUUUAAUACAACAACCCUAUAUUUAUCAAUACCUAUACUUUGUUAAUUUUAUGCUAAUGUAUUUUAAAUAAACAACCCCACAGUAUUUCUGAGUAAACUAUGAAAAUGAUAAAAUUAGUAUUAAUUUCCGAUUGUGCCACAACCCUGUUUAAAAAUUGCAAAAAGGUGGCAACAUAGCUAGUGUCAAAUUUAACUCGACAUUGAAAACAGAUUAUUGAGUGUUUAAUAUUUGAUAUAAGUGCUUUGUAUAUUAUUAAAACAGAAAAUACGCCAACUUUCACAAGUAUGGCUAAAAGAUCUUCGUCUGUCGCAUUUGAUGUAGAACAAAAAAUAAAGAAGAAAGAAGGAAAAAAACACUCUUUAGAUUCUGAUGAAGAGGAUAGUGGCGCAGAAGAGGAAAAGCAAAAUGUACUUAAUGCUGAUGAUAUAGAGGGAGAAGAAGAGGGCAUAGGCGGAAUGGAAGGUGAAAUAACAAUAACUCCUUUUAAUAUGAAGGAAGAACUUGAAGAAGGGCACUUUGAUACACAAGGUCAUUAUCAUUGGAAGAAAGAAAAGGAAAUCAGGGAUGGUUGGCUUGACAACAUUGACUGGGUAAAGGUAAAAGGCCGUCCAGAAGAUAAAUAUAAAAUACACAAAGAUGAUGAGAUGAAAGGACUUGGUGAUGAAUCCAGUAGUGAUGAUGAUGAUGCUGAGGAAAAAUUUGAUUUAUAUGAAAACUACAAUGAAAUCUUCCAGCACAUCAAACCGAGAGAAACAAUUGCAAAAGCUUUACAGCGUCUUGGUGCAAAUUCAAAGGUAUCAAGUGCAGAACGAUGGAAAAGGAAGAAAGCAGGUAUUGUUGAUGAAGGCAGUAAAAUUGUUACCAGAAUAACAGAACUUGCAAACCAAAUUUUAACCAAAACUGGUAAUAUGGAUAUAUACCAAGAAACAUAUGAAAAAAUCAAUAACAUUUUAAACAAACAUAAAAGUAAAAAGGAGGACACAAAUUUAGAUAUGUAUGCUGAUGAUUUUGAUGAAAAAGAAAAACAGAAUCUUGGUAACAAUAAGAGUGAAAAUCAAAGUACUGUCUCAGAGAGUAAUGAGGAAGAAAAGGAUAAUCAGGAGGUAAAAUGGGAAUUCAAAUGGAAUCAGAAUGAUGACAAUGUCACAGGUCCACACUCCACCCAACAAAUGCAUAAAUGGUCAACAGAAGGCUACUUUAAGUCAGGUGUUUGGGUGAGAAAACAUGGCGAAGAUAGCCAGUUUUAUACAUCAAACAGAAUGGAUUUUGAAUUGUACAUGUGAGUUAAAAUAACAGUGAAGCUACUCUAACGCGAAUGAUGGAAACAGUCAACACAGUCAUGGUGAUAUACUUAUAAUAAAGAUGAUGAAAAUAGAAUAAAUAUGAUUGAUAGAUUUUCAAUUAAUCAAUAACUUUUGUCAGUACCUUGAGGUAAUAUUUUAAAAACGUUUGUAAAUCAAA